AUGAAUAAAUCAAUGAUGAUUCGAAGGCUAAUUUCUGCACCGCCCGCUCUUAGAAGUACACUUGUUCAAAAACAAUUAUUCUUCCCUCAGUCCCGUCAAUAUGCCGUUCAGAGCAUUACUCAACCUUCAUUUUGGACGAACAUGAUUCCUAAACCAUUUCGAAAGAGCGAACGAGCCGUAAGCAAAAGACAGAAAUCAAAAGAUUGGAAUCCUGCGACAUUUUUUAUAUGGAUCUUCCUUCUGAUUGGAUCAAUGUCAAUUCAGAUGAUCGCAUUACGGAAUGAAUAUACAACUUUCACUCGGCGCGCAGAUGCAAAGAUCGCCGUAUUGAGAGAGCUCAUCCAGAGAAUAAGAAACGGAGAGAAGCCCGAUGUUGAAGCACUUCUAGGUGUUGGAGACCAAGAGCAGGAGCGGGAGUGGGAAGAAGGUAUAAUCUACAUUUCGUUCUUGGGGUAUCGUUCUAACUUGGUGAUUGAAGUAUUACAAGAGAUCGAACGAGAAGAGGCAGCUUCACAACAGGCCCCUCCAAAGAAAUCAAAACCUGGAAACGCUGUCGUCCCAGAGACAAGAGAGAAGACUCGCGAACAACCGAAGAAUAAGAGUAGUGGACCCUCGGGAUUCUAUUGAGAAAAUAUUUGUACAAAAAAAUCUACUAUACAAGAUUGAUGUAUA